AUGGAUGCAACUAAACUACAGCAAGAGCACAACUUAGCAGUCCAGCGCGUUCAGCUUCAAGUCGAAAAGUUCCACAAGGAAAAGAAGCACUUCCGUGUAUACCAUGGCUCCACCUCCUCCACCAGACCUAUGCAAUUCACAAAGGACGCGAUCGUGGAUACGAGUGACAUGCACCGGCUCUUCCCAGUCGACAAGGAGACUAUGACUGUGAAGGCUGAACCAAAUGUGCCCAUGGACGCUCUUGCAGCUCACUGCAUAUCAGCGGGAUAUGUGCCCAAAAUCGUGAUGGAGUUCAAGGGCAUCACAUGUGGAGGUGGCUUUGCAGGAAUGUCUGGCGAAUCUUCCAUGUAUAAAUAUGGGUUGUUUCAAAAUUCCGUCUGCGAGAUCGAGAUUGUCCUUGGAGACGGCACUGUCGAGUAUGCUAGCCGUGAAAGAAAUGCAGACCUUCUCCAAGAAGCCGGAGGUUCUCUGGGAAGUUUCGGCAUUAUCACAUUAGUGACGAUAGAGUUGCUCCCAGCGACGUCGCAUGUUCAAGUUCAGAUUCAGCCGGUCCGCGAGCCGCUGGAGGUACCAUCUAUCUUCGAGGAUGCAGUAAAUGACCCCACAAUAGACUACAUUGACGGCAUCUACUUCAAUCGCACAUCCGCAGUCGUUAUGUUUGGAACUAUGAUCGACUACUCACAGCGCCAUGCUGAGGCGCCACUUUUGACAACAAAGCAAGUACAUUGGUUCGCCGAUACCAUCGAAGCACAUCUCAAGAAGCACAACAAUCAGAUUUCCAUGCGCACGAAUGCAGAGUCGAAGGGCUCCGAACCAGUGGCCAAUGCUCGAGGCACAACGAAGCCGAGCCAGAUCCCUCCAGUAGUUUUGACCCUAACAGAUUACCUAUUCCGUUACGAUCACGGAGCUUUCUGGGGAGGAAAACUAGCUUUCAAACAUUUUCAUGUGCCACAGAACAGGAUUACACGCGCCAUCGCUGAUCCUUUCUUGGACUCUCGAACGUGCUACAUGGCUUUGCACAAGAGUGGCCUCGCCGAUGAGUACGUGGUACAGGACUUUGGUAUUCCUGCCUCGACAGUGAAACAGUUUAUCACUUACGUCUCGGAAGAGCUGCCGGAUUGCCAAAUAUUCCUCUGUCCACUGAAGCCAGCACAGGAGAUUGGAAUUGAUGCACGUUUCAACACUGCUGUAAGUGCAGUGAGGGAUGUCCGUAUCAUAGGUGUGGGUGUUUACGGCCGCGGACCACGAGAUCGUGCUGCUUUCAUUGAGCUGAAUCGCAAGCUUGAGCUGAAAGCCUCGAUGCUCAUGGGCUCGAAACUAUUGUAUGCAAGAACAUAUUACACUGAGGAGGAGUUUUGGACUAUCUACAAUCGAAAAUAUUAUGAUGAGGUGCGGAGGAAAUGGAAAGCGGAAGGACUGCCGAGCGUCUACGACAAACUUCAUGCCGACAUGAACUAUACCAGAAAGAAGAGAAGUGUACGAGGUAUAUUGGAGACUAUGUGGGCAGUUAAGGUGUCCCACAAGGUCGAUUAUUUACUGAAGAAGUAG